CUCUGAUAAAAAAAUAUGUACAUAUAGACGUCCCUCAGUCGCCUUCAUGGUUUUUUGUUCAGCAGCAUCGCACAGCUCAAGCUCAAGACAACAAUCCCAACUCUAGCAAGCAGCCAACUGCAAUCACAGCAACCAUGUCUCUCAACAAGGGUGAUGUCGAGGUGGACCACAAGGCCGAAAUCGUCGAAGUGAAGACCCUCAAGGGUAGCGAGGCUUUCCACGAGGCCAACACUUUGGAGCCAUUGCCCCGAUUCCAUGCGCGAACCAUCGCCUUGGCCGGAUGCCUUCUCCUCGGUUUCUUCUGCCAGACCGUGAACGGUUUCGAUGGUAGCUUGUUCGGUGGUCUUACUGCCAACAAGACUUUCCUCAACUUCUUCCAUGGAGAGUCCGAGGGUGUUUGGGCCGCUUUGACCUCUGCUAUGUACCAGAUCGGUGCUGUCGUCGCUCUUCCUUUCGCCGGUCCCAUCAUCGAUAGCUUCGGUCGCCGCAUGGGUAUGAUGACCGGUGCCGUUCUCAUUGUCGUCGGUACCAUCAUCAACGGCCUUACCAUGACCAACGGACACAACGGUCAAUUGAAGGGUGGUCGUUUCGUUCUCGGUUUCGGUGUCACCAUCGUCUCCGCCGCUGGUCCCAUCUACGUCGUCGAGACUGCUCACCCCGCCAUGCGCUCCGUCAUCACCGCCUACUGCAACACUUUCUGGUUCGUCGGAUCCAUCCUCGCCUCCGGUGCCGUUCGUGGCGGUCUUAACCUCACUGGCAACAUCUCCUGGGCUCUCCCCGUCUGGCUACAGCUCGUCUUCCCCGCCCUCAUCAUCAUCUUCAUCUGGUUCGCCCCCGAGUCUCCUCGCUGGCUCUACGUCCACGGAAAGCAGACUCAGGCCAAGGAGGUCUUGACCCAGUGGCACGGAUACGGAAACGCUGACUCUGCCUGGGUCAAGCUUCAGCUCGCUGAGUACGAGGAGUUCCUCGAGCUCGAUGGUGCCGAUAAGCGCUGGUGGGAUUACUCCGCACUCUUCAAGACCCGCGCCAGCCGCUACCGCCUCACCUGCAACGUCGUCUUCUCCAUCUUCGCCCAGUGGGCCGGUAACGGUGUGCUCACCUACUUCUUGCCCGCUGUCCUCAAGACCGCCGGUUACACUAAGGACGUCGAGCAGGCCGACAUCAACCUCGGAUACGCUUGCUUCCAGUUCGCCUUCGCCCUCAUCGGUGCCGCUUUCGUCGAGAAGAUUGGCCGUCGCCCCAUGUUCUUGUUCUCCAUGUCCGCCUGCACCAUCGUCUGGGUCGGAAUGACCAUCGCCUCCUCCCAGUUCGCCGCCAGCGACAACACCAACAGCAGCGCCGCCAAGGCCAUGGUCGCCAUGAUCUUCCUCUUCGGCAUGGUCUACUCCAUCGGUCUCACUCCCCUCCAGGCUCUCUACCCCGUCGAGGUCCUCUCCUUCGAGAUGCGCGCCAAGGGUAUGGCCUUCUCCGCCCUCGCUGUCAACGCCGGUGGUCUCCUCAACCAGUUCGCGUGGCCCAUCUCCCUCAAGGAGAUCGGCUGGAAGACCUACAUCGUCUUCACCGUCUGGGACGCCAUCCAGGUCGUUGUCUUCUACUUCCUCCUUCCCGAGACCAAGAAGCGCACUCUCGAGGAGCUCGAUGUUGUCUUCGAGGCCAAGAACCCCGUCAAGGAGUCUCUCCAGAAGAAGAAGAUCGACUUCAGCGCCGAGGGCCAGGUCCUUGGUGUCGAGAAGUUGUAAAUUGUUCGAAACCCUUAUGCCUGAAGUCCUGUGAUCGGUUUCUGGGAAACCAGCUCUACCCACCGUAUUUGAGAGUCUUGUUCAUAAUAGCCAAAUCGUGCAAUUUCCAGAGCUAUCAUGG